GAGAUAGGUUCACUGUUUGACUGUUUCAGUGUAGAGGGGAAACUAAUUUUACAUUAUUGUAAAACUCAGGCUUGGGGAUAAAAAUAUUUUUUUGAUUUAUAUUACGUUUUCAUCCUAGAUUUCUAUUCCUUUUUUAGUUUGAUGCAAGCUCGGCAUAUAAAAUCAGAUGUUAGUUAUCUAAUCAGUGACUUUUUUGAAUCUGUGAUUCAUUUGUAUUUGUACGAAAGAAAUGUUUAUCCUCGUGCUUCUUUUACUGACUUUGUCGCUUUCGGCUUGCACCUGAAGAUUUGCAAUAAUCCUGAUGUGAAGAAGUACAUUUUUGAUUGUGUUGAAUCCUUACGACCUCAGAUUUCGGAGAUAAAUGAAUUGCGUAUUGUAAUUAAAUCUAUUUCAGACAGUACAUUUGUGUCAAAGCCUGUUGAAUCACUUGUUUUACAGUUCAAUAAACUAAAUGAAGAAUUUAUUCGACAAGAUAUUUGUUUUUCAUUACUACAAGAAUAUUUUGCUAUUAUAUUAAUUCGUUUGAAAAUUCUUGAUUCAGUGUUGCAACCGCUGGGGUCUGAGACAACUUGGGAACCAUGGGUAAAUUUCCGUUCAUCCUCAAAUCAAAAUGAGAAUCCUACUAUGUCGUGGAGUUUAAUGUCAGAUAAUAAUGCAAAUGUAACGAAUUUCGGUUCAGUUUAUCCUAUCAAAUCAUUUCAAACUGAUGAUAUUCAAAUGCAAGUGUAUCUACUUCAAUAUUAA